CGGACCUCCGUGAGAGUGCGCGCGUUGCUAGCUGCUCAAGGGAUUCUUUGGCUUUUUGCUUCUUUCGGCACUUCCAACCUCAUUCCUCAAUAUGAAGGCGCUGAGCCCGGUGCGCGGCUGCUACGAGGCGGUGUGCUGCCUGUCGGAACGCAGCCUGGCCAUCGCGCGGGGCCGCGGCAAGAGCCCGGCAGCUGAGGAGCCGCUGAGCCUGCUUGACGACAUGAACCACUGCUACUCGCGUCUGCGGGAACUGGUACCCGGAGUCCCGCGAGGCACUCAGCUUAGCCAGGUGGAAAUCCUGCAGCGCGUCAUCGACUACAUCCUCGACCUGCAGGUGGUCCUGGCCGAGCCCGCUCCUGGACCCCCAGACGGCCCGCAUCUUCCCAUCCAGACAGCCGAGCUUGCUCCGGAACUUGUGAUCUCCAACGACCAAAGGAGUUUCUGCCACUGAUCUGGACGUCCUGGUGCCUCCAGAACGCAGGUGUUGGCGCCCGUUCCGCCUGGGACUCGGGACCCUCUACGGCCGGAAGCCCGAGGGCAUGGAUGGGCCCCAACCUCGCCCUGCCCACUUGACUUCCCCAAACCCCUGCCUCGAGGCUGGACCUGCGCCCGGGAGCGAAGGACUGUGAACUUGGGUGGCCUAAAGAGCCAGAGCUAGCUCUGGGCACCAGCUGGGCAACCUCCCCCAGCCCUCACCCCACCCCGAAGUUUAAAGACUGUCUUUCAGUGUGUGGAGGUGUAUGGGGGGCGGGGCUGGCUGCUCUCCAAACUCUGGCAAGGCAGCGGUAGAGCUGGUCUUCUGGUCUCCUUGGAGAAAGGCUCUGUUGCCCUGAUUAUGAACUCUAUAAUAGAGUAUCUAGCUUUUUGUACCUUUUUUGCAGGAAGGUGACUUUCUGUAACCAUGCGAUGUAUAUUAAACUUUUUAUAAAAGUUAACAUUUUGCAUAAUAAACGGUUUUUAAACACUUA